CUGAAACCUCACCGCGAGUCUGUGCAGACCAGGACCAGCCCCUUUCAUUUGACCAGACCCGGCUUGCUGUGGCUGCUGCUGCGUUUAGAGAGCAAACCCAAGAGAGCCACAUGAGCAAGCAUAAACGACUGUGGAAAGGUGUUCCUGGUGGACGGACGUCCACAGCACCCUCCCCAGCCUCCAGGUCAUAUGCCUUUCUGGUCCUUCCCACCUGCACAGGAGAGGGUGAGGCACCGCGGGAAGAGCCGGAGCUCCAUGGGAGUCAGUGCUGGACUGACCGUAGUGGUCCUGCUGCUGUUCCUGCUGGUGUUUGCUGCCCUGGGGUUUGAGGCCUACCAGAUCUUCAACAUACAGAAAGAAGUGAGAGAUAUGAAAAAGAUUAAACCUGUGACAGAUGUAAUUGCAACUGAGAAGCAUGUUGGUCUUUUGGAACCAGGAAAAAAUGAAGAGAACAAGAACAGUCGAUCUGCAGCACACGUGAUAGGACGGAUUGAGAAAGACAAAUUUCUUCAGACUUUGCGAUGGGAGUCAAGGUCAGGCCAGGCAUUCACCUCUGGACUAGUGACCUACUGGGUUGAAGACGGCGCUCUGCAGGUCAACGAGACCGGGCUCUAUCACGUCUACUCACGGGUGGAGCUUCUCCUGAGAGACUGCUCCCCGAAAUCUUCAUUUGAUCACUUAGUUUAUGUGAGGAGAAAAGGAAACACCCCACCUAUCGUUCUGAUGAAGGCGCACAGAGCCGGUUUCUGCUCUCAUCAAACACCACGCCUGUCCUGGACUGCAGAGAGUUACCUGGGCUCCGUGCAUCAGCUGAGGAAGUACGACAGGGUUUUUGUGAACGUCUCACACCCUGCUGAUCUGAGUCACUCACAUGAUGGCAACUUCUUUGGUCUGUACAUGAUCUGAUGGCUCUGAACACUGGACUUGUGUUUCUCAGCAGGUUGAGAACCGAUCUCAACGUCUCAGGCCCAGAAAUUACUCUUCACUUUACCAAGUGACUGGAUGUGUUUCUAUUUAAAAAAUCAUAUUAACUUAUCUGCACAACCUAGUAUGGUGCGCUUUGUGCUGUUGAACUCUGGGAAAUUGGGACGUUGCAUAUUUAAAUUGGAAGCAUAAGAAACAAGCACAGAAAGUACAAAAAUAGAUAAAUGAAGUAUUUUAUACAUUUGCAUGAAGACAUGUUGGACCUUUUGCUGGUGUUAGAAGAGUCAGUCAACACUAAGGUGCUAAGUUAGUUGUAGCAUUUAAAGGUAUUUAUUAUGGGUGUGAAUCUGACGUUUGUGAUGUCUAAAUGGUUGUUUGUAAACAAAGUAUUUCUUAUUAUCUUUUCCAA